AUGGCAACCGGCGACGCUUCCUUGUUGCUCUCGGCAUGGCGUUCUUCGGAAUCACGGGCCUCGGUUAUCAGGCUCCUCUGCGGGCCGCCCAGAUCCCCAGAGAUGAGAUCGCAGGAGAAAAUGGAACCAGUCUUCCUCCGCUUGUUCCCGCUUCUCCAUAUAUCAGUUAUGGGAAGUAUCAAGAUAUAGUAAGACGUCACCAACGCCUAAGAACCCCCAAACAAACUCAGAGAAUCCCACUGACCGCCGCUCAACAGUAUGGCUGGUGGCUGCCGCAAGACCCCAAGGAAAAACUUGAAAAUGUUUAUCCUUGGAUACAGAGCACCCGAUACCCCAUGAUCAACAGUCCUAUGACAAGGUUUGUGGAUCAAAUGGCAGUAACUAAUAAAGAAUUCCGCUUGUUCUGAACACCCCCUUGAUGUAUGGCUGGCCAUAGCACCCAAUACUUUUUCCAAGAUAUCCCUAGAGUGCCAUCUGAUCUAAAUGGAUUUUAAAUUUUGGCCAAUGCUUAGUGUUUAAUGUAUAGUGAUUAUCUCUUGAAUCAAUGGAAAGUAUGUAUUUUCUUUUCGUAUACUUAUAUUUACUCUCUGACUUAUGUGGCCUUGGAGAUAACAACCCCUGGGCUCCUUCCCGAACAUAAAAAACAACAACUAACCUGUGGUCACCUCGCUGCUCCGUUCCCUGGAAUAACAGGAAGCGGUUUGGUCCCGUGACCGCUGUGGCCAAUCACAGGCCCCAGUGGUGAUGUACUGUUCAAGCCUCUAUGACCCCUGAGAUCUGCGGGGACCAGGAACGGAACAGCAUCAAGACCGCCGAACUGGAUGGACAAAUGUCUUUUUUCGGCCUUAUAUACUAUGUUACCGCGGACAGGUGAGCUAUUUUUUUUUUAAGUUUGGGAGGUGCGGACAAGGGUUGUUGACUCCAAGGCCAGAUAACUACUAUAAAGCGGUUCUCCAAGAAUUUUAUACUGAUGGCCGAUCCAUAGAAUAGGUCACCAAUAUUAGCGCAGUGGGGGACUGACACCCUGUGCCUCUGCAGAUCAGCUGUCCCGCGGUAGCUCCUGUGCCAGAACUACACAGCUUCAUCUAAUGUGCACUGGACAGAGGCGGUUAAUACUGCGCUCCUCCCACUGAAGUUCAAAAUGAUGGAAGUAUAAAUAUAUGGAAGUGUCCCUUUAAAUCCAUUAUUCACAAAGCCGUUAUCAGGCAUUCUUGUCAUUCAGCAGAAAGUAAUAAAGUAACUUGUACUAUCAA